AUGGCGCCCAACGUACCAUUCGACAUGCAAACAGAAAUCAUGAAAAGGUUUCCUGUGAAGUCGUUGAUUCGGUUCCAAUCAGUCUCCAAAACAUGGAAGUCUGUUAUCAGCAGCUGUGAUUUCAUUGCUUGUUACAGCCGCCACCAGCAACAGCAACAUCUACUUUUAAGGUAUCAUGAUGAUUUUACGGAAAAAUAUGUUUCAGUUGUUGAUGAUGAUAGCUUCUCCGAACAGAGAGUUUCGCUGACCGCUCCCCUAUUGGUUAACACGCUCAAAUGUUCUACCACAAUCGGCAGCUCUCAUGGCUUGUUGUGUUCGUACAGUCUUUCUCACAGCCUUGAUGCCCUCAUCCAUGGAAGGUGCAUGGCUGUUAUUUCGAAUCCUUCUGUUGGAAAAGGUGUUGGUGUUGUUGUGCCUAAUUUCGAAACGGGGAUAUAUAAAACUUCUCUAGGUUUUGGCGUUUGCCGUGAGACUACUGACCCUAAGAUUGUCAAGGUUACACAUAUUACUAACUCACCGGACAUUGAAAGAAUAACUUCAAUCCCACGGCAAGUUGAGGUUUUUACAUUGAGUAAACGGGCUUGGAGACCUCCUUAUAGCAGCAAUCUCCCUCGUAAAUCAAUUAGAUUUUUUAAUAAGGUGGUAGUUGUUGAUGGAGUUCUUUACUGGCUUGCUACAGAUAGGACUCCUCGGUGGUCGAAUCAGUGGUAUAAUCUGAUUGUUUCAUUUGAUAUGACAAGUGAAGAAUUUAGAGAAGUAAACCUCCCAGAUAGUCUAGCAGACAGCAAUAUGUUUAUUUGGAAUUUGUCAAUUUAUAAGAUAAGGGAGUCUAUUGCCGUGCUUGAAUGUGAUAUAAAUGUGGUAUGGGUGAUGGAGAAUGGUGUUUCUAAAUCGUUUACAAAGCUAUUCACUAUUGAUGUUAACAUGCCACAUGCAUCGCUAAUAGGAUUUAGAAAGAGUGGUGAACUUAUCAUUCAAAUCUACCAAGCUGGUCCUAGGACUAGCAAAUAUGUUGUUUAUGAGCCUUACUCAAAACACAUUGACGAUGUUGAGUUUGGUGGAAUGAAUUUUUCACUUUGUGUGCCCUACAUGGAAACGCUACUUCUGCUUGAUCAGCCAAAUUUUACGGUUUAUGAUGAUAUGGAGACCCUCCAACUUCCAAGCUCAUUUGUCUGGUGA